ACGAACGCUGCUCAAGGUAAAUAAAUUAUUUGCAAAAUUUUCAAGAAAUUAAGCCCAUUUUAGAGUGAUUGCAGACAAAAGCAGCAGCUUUUCAUUGACAGAGAGGUGUCCGAAAAGCUGUUCCUGAUGAUAUAGUUCCAAUAUUAAACUGCACUAUGGGUAUACAAGGAUUGUUACCCUUCCUGAAGGAGGCUUCACACCAGGUCAACGUCCGUAAGUACAGCGGCUACACCGUUGCUAUAGACACCUACUGCUGGAUUCACAGAGGGGCCUUUGGAUGUGCCAUGCAGCUGGCUAAAGGGGAGAACACUGAUAUGUAUGUUCGCUACUGUCUGAAGUACAUCAAUAUGCUGCGGUCCAUGGAUAUCAAACCAAUACUGGUGUUUGAUGGAAGCAACCUACCUGCUAAGAAGAUUGUGGAAACUAGUAGAAGAGAGAGACGUGAACUUUACAGCAAGAAAGGGAAACAGUUUCUACGAGAAGGCAAAUUGUCGGAGGCCAGAGAUUGUUUCACUAAGUGCGUUAAUGUCACACCACAAAUGGCUCUAGAAGUCAUCAAGGCUGCUAGGUCACUAGACGUGGACUGCAUUGUUGCUCCAUAUGAGGCCGAUGCUCAGCUAGCCUACCUAGCUAAAAAGGGUAUAGUCCAAGCUGUCAUAACUGAAGACUCUGACCUCGUUGCUUUUGGAUGUCCAAGGGUUAUUUACAAACUGGACUUGAAUGGUAAUGGAUUGGAGAUCGAAGCGUCCCGUUUAGAGAAGGUUACUAAGAUGGGUAGUAGAUACUCGGCUGAGAAGUUCCGCUAUAUGUGCAUAGCAGCUGGGUGUGACUACCUACCAUCUCUACCUGGUAUAGGGCUCGGCAAGGCUAGGAAGCUUUUCCAGGUGGCCACUAACCCUGAUUUAACACACGUUCUGAAGAGAAUACCUCUCCACUUGAAGAUGAAGCUGAAAGUCCCCCAAGAAUACAUAGACGAUUUCCAUCAAGCUAAUAACACCUUCUUAUACCAGUUGGCCUUUGACCCCAUGACACGUCGACUGGUACCCUUGCACCCUUACAGCGAUGAUAUCGACAAGGAGUCCCUUACAUACGCCGGGGCCUAUUAUUCCGCUGAUCUAGCUCUUGAGCAGGCUCUAGGGAAUGUUGAUGCCAACACCAAGAAGACAAUGUUUAAUUUUAAACCAGACUACAAUAAGCCUUAUGACAAGAAGCUUCCCAGACAUAGGCUGAGUGUGUGGCACAAACACUAUCGUCCAGGACUUAACAUCAGCGAGGAAGACCCAGUUGAAAUCCAACGACAACAGACCAAUGGUAAAGAGGUCACACUCAAGGUCAACCAGGUCAAACAGGAAGGUCAAACUAGGAAACGACCCAGACCAGCUGACGAAAAUGACCUCACAGCAGAUGAUCUGACAUCCCUCUAUGGAUCCCCAAACACAAAGAGACACUCCGCUGAUCAGAGCCUCGUCAUUCCGGAAACACCAGAGUCCAAGGACAAAGAGCCAGGAAACACCAACUCCCAGCAGCGCAACUCUUUCUCUAAGAAGGAAGGAAGUCUCAGUCCGAAACAAGAAACUGCUUUCGGUUCUGAGGAACGUAUCAAGAAGACUUUAUCCCGGAGGAAUAUAUUUGCCAAGAAUCGAAUGAGCAGCAGUGCUCGUCAAGAUAUCUUGAGAGGAUCUAAAGUUGUUACAAGCAGAUUUUUCUCGAGGAAACAAGAGGAAGAAGUUCAGAACAAAAAGGAAGAAGAUGAAAAGGAGCAAGAUGCAGUCGCCGUCAAUCCACCAUCAGUCCUGGAAGGAGCACAGGAGCAAGGUCUUCAAGAUGAUACAUCUCAAGCAAAUACACCCUUCAGCAAUGACGAUGUUCAUGAGAGGACUACUUGUGCAAGUCUAAGUAAUGGAUCUACGCUAUCAUGCUUGGACAGGCUACAGCGUUUCCAGAGAAGCAUCUCUGCACCUCUAUUACCCUCCACUACAUCAUCUUCUCUUAAAACAAGUGUAGGAGAGAACACAAGUUCCUCUCAGGAACUGUUGCAAGUCGAAAGCAAAUCUUUUCAGAGGUUGACUACUCAAAACAAGUGUGUAGCAUUUAGUUGGUCUAAGACUUCAUCAUCAAUGACCAGAUCUGUCAAGACAGAGGGAAACUUAAAAACAUUUAAGAGUCUGAACGACUUCAGGCUCAAGAAACCCCAAACUAAAAUGGAGUGGGGAGAAAGUCAGCAGUCUGUCAACAAGGACUCAACAGUAGAGGACAAAGAUGAGUCACAAGAUGAGUUCAAAGAAAAGUGUGAGUUUACAAACUUGUACAGUAUUGAUACUGACUCACUGAGUAUGAGUCAGUUUAGCAGCCAGUCUGAUGCUGAUAACAACUCUCACAGGAGUGAGUCACAGAGUCUUCAUAUCAACAUUGAGGUAACGGAUGUAAACUCUAACACUGACUCACUCCAUAGUAAACCCCAAGAUGAUAGUCUUGAUGUGGAAAAUGAGACCGUUGUAGUCAGUAAACGGUGUUCCUCAAUUAGUGUGGGUGGACCUGAUAAGAGACUAAACCAAAAGCCAACCCUAUCGACCAAUUAUCCUAUAAGUCAACCAUCAAAGUCAGAGAUGAUAAGUGAUGAUCAGAAACAAACUCUAAAUCUUGGUGACCAACCGCAACAUGCAGUGAGGGGCAGCCUGCUCCUUCAAAAGAGUUCUGAUCGAGUGAGAAACGAUAAAAGCAUUUCUUCUUCGGAGAUGGAGCGAGAGGAAUGCGUUGAACUUACAACAUCAGACAGUGAUGAGAACACACCACCUCAGGAAGAUAAGAAAAGACUCAAGCUAGGAACAAACAAGAAGAUGAAGCAAACUUGGGAAUCUACGCCUAAACUUCCAAACAUGCCAAAGGUAUCCCCAGGAGUCGUUACAUCUGGCCCAUGUAAGGUGCCAGGCCUUUCCAGACGACAGAGAAACAAACAACCUACGAAGCCCAACUCUACAAAUGGGUCCAAACAACAGACUCUAUUUGCUUUCAUGAAGAAAAACACUGAAAAGACCCAACCCAUCAUGCCAUUAUCACCGUCCAAGCAGAACAUCAUGUGUGAUGUGACUCCAGAGGGCGACACUAGCAUUUGUAGUAAAGGGAUCCUGGGAGUGCAACGGAAUAUAUUCAAACUGUGAGGCCAUCCAUCUAGUUACAGGUUUGAGAAAAUUCAUCCUAUUGCAUUGCAUGGUCAGCACUGGAAGCAUGAAGUAUACAAUGACAACACACAUCAGUGUAUUUUGGUAAAACCAUUGGUAAUUUUCAUCUAUUACAUCAAAAAUGAUUUCUUCUAUAUACAUGAAUUCAUCCCCAAAAGCUGAUAACAUCUUUUAAAUGAGUUGCAUUUCUUAUGGGCUUCUGUUCAGAGCCAGUUUGUGUACAACAAUCAUGUCACACAAAAAUGGUUUGAUAUGAUGUAUUUUAUCCGUGUGCAACUGUUACAAAUUGGAAAGCACAAGAAAGCACAAACACUUUCCUGACCCUUAAGGGUUUUAGAUUUCUAAAGUUUUAAAUUUGCCAAUAAAUUCCAUGUAGAAAUGAUGAAUUAUUUAGGGAUAUUUGUCUCAGGUAAACAACAGCCAGUAAUAAACCACAACGGAAACAGACUUGCUAAAUUAUUAAAUAUUUUUUGGUUGAACAAAGAAACAUCGACUAGAGUGGGAUAAAGGACCCGGUAUGCAUUUUCAAUCGUCUGAUUUCCUAGUCUGCUUUUUCUUUUUACUGGCAUAAAAUUAAACACAGUGUUAAGUUCUGUUCAUCAGACAGUUUGCUGCUCCCCUUUUUUUAUGCCCCAAAAAUUGUUGCACGUCUGUUACAGUGACACAAAAUUACAACUCGGUCAAAUCACACCAUUUUAAUAGAACAGAUUUUAUUAUGAAUAUUCAGUACCCAUUCAGACAUUUGUGUUAACCCUAGUAUAUACAAAUAAAACACACUAAGUACCGUUAUAUAAACCAUUUCAAAAACAUUUAAUAACUAGGUACAAGAUCAAGUGUUGCUCGCUUAAUUUUGCCCUUUUGUAUGUUUUAUUGUAAAAUGUUUUUACUCUUUUUAUAAUUUCUUGUUAUGGUGCUUCAUUAAAUAAAAUGUAAAUAAAAUGUUAAACAAUUAUAAAGAAAAUAAAGAGCUAUGUUUGAUGUUUAAAAUCAUUUUGGGCUUCUAAAGACGAAAGAAAACAUACAAAUUCUAUUAUAUUCAAACGAUAUGAGCUGCAAGAUGGUUGUUACAUUGUGACUGAAGUAAAACAGAUUGAUCAGCUGCAAGAUGGUUGUUACAUUGUGACUGAAGUAAAACAGAUUGAUACAUGUAAGUAGGAUUGCGAAACUUUGAAUGGCAGUACAAUCAACAAUGUCACAAACAUUAUUUUAGUCUCAAUGUUAGCAUGUAAAAACCUAUUAACCAGUUAAAGACAGUGGACACUAUUG